GCGGCAUUGUGAUCUCUUCUCUAGCUUCCUGUGCUCGUUUCCUAAUUUUAGCAUGGGGAAGAAAAGCAAGAAUAAUGUGCAAGCAGCAUACAGUAAAAUAGAGGAUGAAUCGUAACAUGUUAGUUAUCACAUUCGCUAUUUGCUUUGCACAAUAUAGACGCGCGUGAUUCCGCAGCACGCGGGUCAGUGUAGAUAUGUUGGCGCUUCUCAUCUGAAGCAGCGCAUGUUAUGAUUACUGACUGCAGAGGUCUUUCGCUUGCAUGCUCUAUAUUUGGAGGAAAUGACUGAGAUGGUCAAAUGAGAGUUUCCUCAAAUAUGUGAAUGUAUGUUUAAGCUUUCCUGUAAUUGGGACAUAAUUGCAUUACAAAACAAUCCUAGGUCAUCCAUUCUGUCUAUAUUUUGAAGCAUUUUUAAUGGACUGGUGAACUAGACAAGGGAACUGGAUCCGUCCUGCUUUCUUCCUGGAUGGCAUCAGUUGACACCGAGGAAGACAUCAGCGAAAAAUGAUCCGGCUUGAGAUCUUUGAGAUGAUGCUACUUUCAGCGUCCACAUUGAUUUAUUCGUACUGGAAUGUUAGUGUGUAGGAUUUUAGGGAUUGGACAAAUCUGUAUCGGUCAAUGUUUUUUUGUUCUCCGCCCAAUCAUUUUUAUUGUCAUAAUAGUUUACCCAUAAGAGCAAUAAUGCGUAUCACUUUUUGCCAGGCUCUGUUAACUGGGGCAAUAGUCUUGAACUUGCUCAUCCUAUAUUAUGUCUCACGGACUCAGCAGCAGAUGAUGGAAAAGCGUAGAGAGCAUGGAAAAGGCUUGAAGAAAGCCUUGUUGCCUGUUUCAGGCCUGGGUGCGAUGGGUAGUCUGGUGGGUGGAGGUAUGGUCGGAGGCAUUAAAGUGGGAGGCCUCGAGGGCAACGCUCGAGCUCCCCGGGUGACGAUCCUUGUACGCGAGUUUGAAGACUUUGAGAACUACGUCCCCGAUGUGGCACGCUCCUUUCUGCGCCAGAGACCCGAGUUACCCUUCUUGGCUGUGGCCGACACCCCUCCGUACCCACCUCUGGCACUUCCCGAGGGAGCACGCCUCCUGGUGUUGUCCCCAAGUCCCGACCAGCCUCCGCAAGCCCACCGUCCAGAAUAUAACGUGCAGACAGAGUUCGCUUUGUUGGUUCCAGAUGGCGUGGAGCUCGACCAUGGCCGACAAGUGGAGCGGCUCAUCAGGGAGCUCGAGGGGGAGGGUGGCGGGCCAGUCCGUCUGGUGGCCGUCCCGGUGCUGACCCGCUCUGCGGUGCAGUGCCUGCACCUGCGGGUAAGUCUGCGGGAAUGGACGGCAACCUACACUCCUGCAGCUUCGGGGAGCAGCGGUAGUGUCUGCACGGCUCUGCAGGGAGAUGCUGUUGUUCUUAUUCGCAUGGAGGACCUAUUUAAUCUUUCUGUACCUUUGGGUCGCCCCCUGAUGUCUUCCUUGUUUGUACAGACCUCCCUGCGAGGCUGGAAAGUCAAGCUGCUGGAGGGACCGUCCUUCUCGGCAAGCCAUCGGCCACUGUUUAGCUCUGCACACAACCAGUGGAAGGCUGACAGUCGCCUGAAAGACGCCACCAAUCACCUCAUGCACAGCUUCGGUGUAAAACGUGUGGUGUUGCCCGACGGACGAGAUCAGUGGUUCGGUUGCACCAAGGAGACGCCGCGAUGCUUCGGUACGGUGCGAGACGACACACCUGAAUACCUUUAUUUGGAGCGCUGGACUCCACCUUGUUGUUUGCGAGCCCUCAGAGAGACCACUAAAUAUGUCGUCCACAUUCUGGAGAGCUCCGGUGUGCGUUACUGGUUGGAAGGGGGAUCUUUGCUCGGAGUGGCUCGACACCAAGACAUAAUCCCCUGGGACUACGACGUGGAUUUGGGCAUCUACUUGGAGGAUAUUCCGAAUUGUGACUACUUAAAAAAUUUGGACUCUGGAUCGCUGGUGGAUGCCAAUGGCUACGUGUGGGAGCGAGCAGUAGAGGGCGACUUCUACCGCGUGCAGUACAGUGAAGCUAACCAUCUCCAUGUGGAUUUGUGGCCCUUCUACCCCCGCAACGGAGUCAUGACAAGGGACACCUGGACUGAGCACAAACAGGACGUCGAGUUCCCGGAGCAUUUCCUGCAACCGCUGGUGCCAAUGCAGUUCGCUGGCAUCACUGCUUACGGUCCUAACAACCACCGUGCCUUUUUGGAGCUCAAGUUUGGGGAGGGGGUAAUCGAGAACCCUCAGUAUCCCAACCCUGCCAAGAAAAAGCUGGACAGGAGUCGCACAGUAGGAUCGUAGCAGGCCGAUAUGUUUAGGAUGACACAGUCAUGGAGCACCGAAUUUAGGAUUCCAAGGAAAUCUUUUUAUGUUAUAGACUUUGUAGAGCAUCACUGCUAGAAUGAAUGUCUUUGACACAUCUGUGAAUGUUUGCGUUUAAUGCCAGUUUUAUUUAUUGUGUGUGUGUGUGUGUGUGUGUGUGUGCGCACGUAUGUGUUUGGUUUAGGAAGUCAUUUCUAAACACAUGUGCAAAUAAAAUCGGUUCUUCAAAUAAUAAAUAUGUGAUAUUAAACACUGCAGUUAACACUAAUUGCAUCCUCACAUCAAUUUGCUGCGAUUUGGAAAUGAGUGUUGCACUGUAGAACUCAAAAGUCUGUUCACAGGGUGGGCCAAGUUAAAGUUUGGCUUUUUGAAAUGUGCCAUUUGUUAAUAAACUGAGAAAAUCAAUUAAAACAAACUUUAAAGACUACAGAUUUUCAACAUCAAUGGUAUAAUGAUUGAUAUUAUACCAAGUGAAAAUUGUUAUGUAGGGCUUUUGUGCUCAAGUCUGGUGACGUAGGUGUAUUCUGUUAUUUAAAAAAUGACAUUGUGUUUUUAAAUCUAAAACAUUAUCCUCCUACCUUGUAAAUGCUUUUGAAAGAAUCCACUUCUUUAUACACAUAUUUACUUUAUUAUUGAUAUUUACACAAAAUAGCCUUGUAUUGUUUACUGUAUUAAUACUUUGGAAAUUCCACAAAAAAAGUCUGGCUUGUGAAUUUUGUCUUUAUUACAAAUACACCAUAAUAUGCUCAAACAGUAUUGAAGUUUACUGUUUUAAGUAUACAUGUGUUUCAGAGAGGUUUUAAUUAAUAGUGUCAGAAAAUCUGUGUUUAUAAAUAAUAUAGUCUAGUGCAAAUAGAGAUAAUAACAGAGUCAUGUAUGUCCAUCAAACAUUUAAACCAGCAACAUGACCACAGAACAAAUAUUUUCUGUAUCCCUUGUUGUUUUGUUUUAACAUGUCAAAGUCUUGACAAUAAACCACCACACAGUGUUACUGCUGAGCUGUAUAUUUGCUGUUCAUAUAAGAAUCGAGAUGUUGCAGGAAAUGCAUGAUUUCCAUGAAAAUGUCAACCUGAUAAAAAACGCUUUCUAUGAAUGAUAGCUCAGGUGUCAGUAUUUGGUAAAAGCAUUUUUUAUAUUCCUCAAAUAUGGGCACAUGGAAAUUUUAAAUAAAACUUCUUGUGGGGGGGAGGGUUUGAAAAGUGUAGUAAUUAUCAGGGUUUAGUAAAACAUAAGUAAAUACAUCCUCUGAAAAUAUCACUUCUUGUUAUGACAAAAAAAAUUAUCCACAAAGCUGGAAUUGCUCAUGAACGUAUUUCCUGAAAUACAGACCACAAGGUGGCGCAGUUAAUGGACACGGCUGUUCCUAGAAGGGAUACAGCUACGGCAGGAAGUGGUGCAAAAUCUCGCCAUUUAAUUACAAUAAAUUACAUUAGCUAACACCUACCCUAAACUUAACCUUACAAUAAUAAAAAUAUUAAUCAACUAUUUUUAACGUGACAAAAAUUAUGCUUUAUUGAAAUCCGCAGGGCCAGUGGGGGUGCUCUUUCCCUUAUAGUCAAAACAGUCUUGACAUGUGCUGGCCUUCAGACAGGCUGGUGCCCAAAUAAGGGCCUGGCGGAAUUACAGGGGUAACUAAAUUAUAUUUGCUUGUUAAAUAUAGAUAGAAAAUCUAUACAUAAAAUAUUAAUGCUGACAUUGCCCUAAAACUAUUGUCAAGAUUGUCCUGGACA